CAACGUAGUAGGUUAUGCCAAUCUUGUCGUCUGCGAGUCUACUCCAGGCAAUGUAUUUAUUCGUUUAUAUUAGAAGUAAAGUCUGAUAAUAAUGUGCUCUGAAGGAUGAAAAUUCUUGUUUUUUCGACAUUUUUAGUUAUACUAUUGAUAUUAGUUGAUUCUGAGAACUUAGCUGCUAAGAAAAAGCUUCAAAUAGGUAUUAAGAGGCGAGUCGAUAACUGCACCCUCAAGUCUAAAAAGGGUGACACCCUAUUCGUGAAUUACGUGGGAAUUUUAGAAGACGGUUCCGAAUUUGAUAAGAGUUCCAAUUAUGAGGACUUCUUUCUUGUAACCCUAGGCUCUGGACAAGUUAUCAAAGGAUGGGAUCAAGGUUUAAUGGGAAUGUGCGUAGGAGAGAAGAGAAAACUAGUUAUACCUCCAGAUUUAGCAUAUGGAUCUGUUGGAGCAUUGCCAAAAAUACCUCCAAAUGCAACACUUAUAUUCACUGUUGAGUUAGUAAAAUUGGUUCCAAAGGAUGAACCUCGUCAAUCUGAUUCAUAUUCCCAUGAAGAACUCUGAUUCCUUCAAAAUUUUCAAUUGUCUAUACAUAGUCUGUAAUGCAACUUGUAAAAGACUGUAUUAUUUCAAACUUGCUUGCAAAUGAAUCAAAGAAUUAAUGAUCUCAUUUUUAUAAACAAUAAUUACACUUAUCACAUACUUUAUUGAAUUUAAAAUUUUUCUUGAAUUGUCAAAAAUUCAGUUUUAUGAUA